AUAAGGCGCCCUUCCACACAUUCCAAUAUCAACUGCAACUUACAGAGCUGUGUGGCUGUGUACACAUCUCCUCUUCUUCCUCGUCACUGCCCCACCACUCCACCAUCGUCUUCUCUGAAGAUUUGAUUGGAUUUGAUCUGGUAGCCAACAUUUCUUUGUUAUUGUUGUUGUGUCAAUGGGUGCUUUAGUUGAGGAGCAUUACAAUGUGGAGCUAGAGAACGGAGUGGGGCUUGGGGGUUGUAUUGAGCUGGGGUUUGAGAAUGAACCUGAGACUCUGGCUAUUGAGGAUUCUGUGAGAGUCCUCCUGCAAGCUCUGGGUGAGGAUAUCAACAGAGAAGGUCUCAGGAAAACUCCUUUUCGGGUUGCCAAGGCUCUCCGUGAAGGGACCCGAGGGUAUGGGCAAAAAGUGAAUGAUGUUGUACAUGGUGCUUUAUUCCCGGAAGCUGGGUUGGGGAGUGGUGUUGGUCAGGCUGGUGGAGCGGGUGGGCUUGUGGUUGUUCGUGACAUUGAUCUCUUUUCGUACUGUGAGUCUUGCUUGCUUCCCUUCCAGAUCAAGUGUCAUGUAGGGUAUGUCCCGUCUGGACACUGCGUUGUAGGACUAAGCAAGCUCUCUCGUGUGGCUGAUGUUUUUGCAAAACGGCUCCAGGAUCCUCAACGCCUUGCUGAUGAGGUUUGCACUGCUUUACAACACGCGAUUAAGCCAGCUGGUGUUGCUGUUGUUCUACAGUGUUCGCAUCUUCAUUUUCCAAAUAUUAUGUCCGCGUUUUGUGACACCAGUCAUCAGGGGUGGGUGAAGAUUUUGGUUACUUCUGGCUCGGGAGUUUUUGAGGACGAGAAAGCUGAUAUAUGGACGGACUUUCUGAGUCUCCUAAAAUUCCGAGGAAUAAAUGUAGAAAACGUCCAUGCGAAAGGCACCCACAACAGAUCGUGGUGCCCCUCUCAGUUUUUCUGCAAGAUGGGAUCGUCGAAUUCAGCUACGACUAAUGCAGUGGUUUCGAUCCUUCAGUCUCUCGGUGAAGACCCGUACAGAAAAGAGCUCGUAGGAACCCCGUCUCGUUUUGUCAUGUGGUUCAUGAAUUUUAAAAACUCUAAUUUGGAGAUGAAGCUGAACGGAUUCGUUAGGAGCAGAUUCGAUUGUUUGAAUCCCAAAACCGAGAUUGGCUGUGAUGAAGACCGUAUCUGCUCCGAAGUAAACUUGUCAUUCUGCUCCCAAUGUGAACACCAUUUGCUUCCCUUUAAUGGCGUCGUGCAUAUAGGAUACUUACUUUCGAAUGGAGCCAAUCCACCCGGGAAAUCCCUAUUGCAGUCCAUAGUACAUUUUUACGGUUUCAAGCUUCAAGUACAGGAGCGGCUAACCAGACAGAUAGCCGAGACUGCUUCAUCAGUCCUGGGCGAAGAUGUAAUGGUCGUGGUGGAAGCCAGCCACACGUGUAUGAUAUCCCGAGGGAUUGAAAAGGUCGGAAGUAACACAGCCACGAUUGCUGUACUGGGCAGAUUUUCCCGAGACCCUGCUAUAAGGAUGCAAUUCUUGCAGAGCAUUCCAAACUCGUGUUCUGAAGCGAAAUGAUAAUUAGUCCAUAGGAAUACUCACUAGCAAAGCUUCAGUUUGCCUUUCUUCAGCUAUAUGGUUCUUAGUUAUGACGAUCAGAGAGUAAGGAUUGAAUAAAACACGCACCAUAGCUAUUUUCACAGCAAGUAGAUAUGAUAUUUUUGUUACAGGCAUUCUCUAUAUGUUCACACAGCGUAAUUUGUUAUAGUAAUUAUAGUGAUAGUGCCAUAGAAUCAUAGAUUAUCAUGUCGCCUCGUUGCCAGUUGCCCUCAUCUGUAGUACAGAAGGGAAGUUUCAGUAUCUGAAAGUGUUUUCUUUGAAAUAUAUGUUAGUGUGUUUUCCUGAGUGUAGAAAUCGCGAGUUUUCUUGAAA